UAAUCCCAAAUGUGUCCAUUAAUUAAUUACUUUGGUCGCGAUUGCAAAAUCCCUCUUCAAUGGCUAUUUGCUUCUCUCCCUCUUCUUCCUCCUCCUCUCUCUCGACGGCGAUCCGAUCCGCUGUCACAACUCUCGGCUUCUUCAUGGAUGCCAUCCGCCGCCGUUCGACGCGCCGGCCUUCUUUCCGCGGCCACAGCACGAUCUCUGAUCCAGUCAGCGCCGUCCCCGUCGCCGUCGGCGGCAAAGAGACCGAUCACUCCUCGGAUAUCAUCUCCAGGUUAUCCCAGAUCUUGAAGUUUUCUCCCGCCCAGAGUCGCUCCUCUUUCCCAGAACCCGGCGCCCGGCCUCUCGAACCCGAUCCCUUCCACUACAACCUCCUCAUGAAAGCCUUCAGCUGCGCUGGCAACCUGCACGAGGUCCUCAGGCUUUUCCGGGACAUGAAGGAAGCCAAAUGUGAUCCUGACAUAUUCUGCUACACCACCGUAUUGGACGCGCUCCUAGCCGCGAGCCGAUCGGAGGAUGCCGAGAAGGUGUUCGAUGAAAUGAUCAAGUCAGGUGUCAAGCUGGAUGCUGGACCUCUAACAGUUCUGAGCGGCUGCGAUCCUGAUGUGGUCACCUACUCGACGCUGAUCGCGGGGUUGUGCAGGGCUGGGAUGGUCGAGGAGGCAUGGAAUGUAAUGGAUCAAAUGCUCCUAGGGCACUGUGCGCCAAAUGCACAUUCCUACACUCCUUUCCUUCAGGCAUACUGCUCACAGGGGAAGGUCGAGGCAGCAAUGAGGUUGAUGGAAGCAAUGAGGAGUCUCGGUUGCCCGCCAGAUGCUGUGGCUUACAAUAUAUUGAUUAAUGGGCUGUGCAAGCAUGGCUACUUCGACCAGGUUGCACAUAUCUUAGAGAGCGAUGUAUCGUAUGGUUGGGAACCAGAUGCAGUCACAUACAACACAUACAUCAGUGGGCUUUGUAAAGCGGGCAUGGCGGAUGCUGCUUUUAAACAAUUGGAGAUUAUGCUUGAGAAGAAGUUAUGUCCUACUGUAGUGACACUGAACAUUGUGCUUGAUAACAUUUGUCGCCAGUCUUCAGUUUGGGAAGGUAACCACCUCUUGGAGAGGAGCUUGGAGUUGGGAAUAGAUAUUGAUGUAGUCAGCUACAAUACGAUAAUGAGCAGGCUUUGUGAGAUUGGAAAAUUCUCUUGGGUCUUGAAGCUCUUCACUGAUAUGUUGAAGAAGGGUAUACGCCCAGACACAGAAACUUUCAAUAUUGUUAUACAUUGCCUCUGUAAAGCAGGAAAAUACAUGACCGCAAAAUAUAUCUUUGUGAGCAAUGGGUUUGUCGCUGAUAUUGUUACAUGUAAUAUUCUGAUUCAUGAGUUCUAUAGAGCAGGAAAAAUUGAUGAACUUCAGAAUCUUUUCGCUGUGAUGAAUAUGGUAAACAUUAAGCCAGACAAAAUUACCAAUAGUACCAUUGUUGAUGGCCUUUGUAGGAAUCGGAAAUUUGUGGAGGCCAUUAAUUUUGUGAGAUCUGUUGAAGGUGUGUACCCAUCAGAGGCAAUUGCACAUUUGUCCUAUUGGCUGGUCAGGAGUAGAAAGAUUGGUCAACUGCUAGGUCUAUAUGAAGAAAUGUUAGCCCACAAUUUGGAUUUUGAUGCCCAAAUUUUCAAUCAUUUGAUCAAGGCAUUUUGCAUGAUUGGUUCUUGUCAAAGUGGAGAAAUACACAAAGUAUGUAUUGUUCUAGACAAAAUGCUUCGAAUAGAAAAACAUAUACAAAAACGUGGCAGAAUCAAACCGUUAGCCUGAAUUCCCAUUCCAAUGACGAACAAAGUUACUCCAGCCAACAGAAUCUGCAACUCGGAGCUAUUGAAGACUUCCAAGGCUAUACUACCAGCUUUGUGUUGUUGAAAUCCACUGCCCUGUGCUUCAACCACCUCUCUUCUCCUGAAUCCUACAGAUGCUGCCGAGAUCACUGCCAUCACCAUUAGUGUUGUCAGAUCGAUUGUGCUACUGUCUCUCUUCUUGCUCGUGGAGUCGUGGUACCAUCAGCAGUUUUCUCCUCCUCUGUCUUCUUGAAGAGGAUGGUGGCUUUGAGGUUGAGGUUGGCGUUUCAGGAACAUUUGCUGGUGGGAGAAAGGGUAUGGGGUUCCAGUAGUCAUCAUUGUGUUUUGAAGUAGCCUUUCUUUUGAGUCCUCCAAUUGCCUCUCUUGUGUCUGGCAGCAGCUUUUUGAAGUCUUUCUACGUUGGGCAUUGUGGAGUUUGUAGAGAUGAGGACUAUGGAGGACUUCUCAAAUGUUGCUGCACCAGGUCGCCGGUACCACCAGUUUGAUAUUGUCUGAUCCCUCAAAUGACAAAUACUUGGAUGUUCUUUGUAAAUCUAAUCCUAAAUUGCAAACAGAAAAGAUCCAUUCGUUCAAUCUUUAGAGAUUCGACGGAAUGGUUAAUAGCAAUUGAUGGUUGGCUAUGGUUUUUAAAAUUAUGAAAGAUACCUUGGAAUCUUUUGUGGA